CAGUGUUGCGUUCAUUUCCCCGGUCUUUGGUUCAGCACCGUGGUUUUCACGGCUGUAUCAAAAUGCCCUGUUAACGGCAACUGGUACCGAUUGUGGGAAGACCAGCUUGUUUCACCGUUCUUGUCCAGUUCCGCCACGGACCAGAUAUUGAACAUAUUUAGUUGCGGGGCUUUUGGUUUUGAUUUGCGGGCCGUACCGCGUACGUAAGUGUGUGUACGAGAGCCUCUGCGCUGCAGUGUCGAGUUGAACCCUUCUUCUCCACCGUAACCCCAAACGUGAUCCGGCGACGCGAAAAACGGUGACAAUCACCGAUAAAAAAACAAGUUGCUCCUCGGAGAAACGAAGUUUAGCGCGUCAUAGCGAAUAAGAAGAAUCUUCAACGAUGGAACGGUCCACCAAGAGCACGCUUCGAAAGACGGCCGGCUACUCGAGUCUGAUAACGUUCGCCGUCCUUCUGCUGGCCUGGUUGUGUGGCUUCUCCAGCCGGCUCUUCGCUGUAAUCCGUUUCGAGAGCAUCAUCCAUGAGUUUGAUCCUUGGUUUAACUACCGUGCCACGGCUCAUAUGGUGGAAAAAGGAUUCUACAAGUUCCUUAACUGGUUCGACGAAUCGGCCUGGUAUCCGCUGGGACGCAUCGUCGGUGGUACCGUGUAUCCGGGGUUGAUGAUUACCUCCGGCGGAAUCCAUUGGUUGCUGCAUACGCUCAACAUUCCGGUGCACAUUCGGGACAUUUGCGUUUUCCUGGCACCGAUCUUCAGCGGUCUCACGGCCAUCUCGACCUACCUGCUGACGAAGGAGCUCUGGUCGGCCGGCGCUGGACUGUUUGCGGCCAGCUUCAUCGCGAUCGUGCCCGGGUACAUUAGCCGCUCGGUGGCCGGAUCGUACGAUAACGAAGGUAUUGCGAUCUUUGCCCUCCAGUUUACCUACUACCUGUGGGUGAAGUCGGUCAAGACCGGCAGCGUGUACUGGGCCGCCUGCACCGCCCUAUCCUACUUCUACAUGGUGUCCGCCUGGGGUGGCUACGUGUUCAUCAUUAAUCUGAUCCCGCUGCACGUGUUCGUGCUGCUGAUCAUGGGCCGUUACUCGCCCCGGCUUUUCACCUCCUACACGACGUUCUACAUUCUCGGGCUGAUCCUGUCGAUGCAGAUCCCGUUCGUUGGGUUCCAGCCGAUCCGCACCAGUGAACACAUGGCCGCGUCCGGUGUGUUCCUUCUGCUCUUCGCCGUUGCCGUGUUGAAGCAUCUGCAGACGGUGCUAUCGAAGCAGGAGUUCAAACGUCUAUUCCUGGUCGGUGGUCUGCUGGCGGCCGGUGUUGUGUUUGCCGGUGUCGUUCUCCUUACGAUGCUGGGCGUUAUCGCCCCUUGGAGUGGACGUUUCUACUCGCUUUGGGACACAGGCUACGCGAAGAUUCACAUCCCAAUCAUCGCAUCCGUCUCCGAGCAUCAGCCAACGACCUGGUUUUCGUUCUUCUUCGAUCUGCACAUCCUCGUGUGCACGUUCCCCGUCGGACUGUGGUACUGCAUCAAGAAGAUCAACGAUGAGCGCGUAUUCGUGGUACUGUACGCGAUCAGUGCAGUCUACUUCGCCGGUGUCAUGGUGCGUCUGAUGCUAACCCUCACGCCAGUGGUUUGCAUCUUGGCCGGCGUAGCGUUCUCUGGGUUGCUGGAAGUUUUCCUAAAGGAAGACAAUUCGGCGGGUGGCGCAAAGGAAAGUGGGGCGGACGAUGAGCAGGAAGAUGCGAGUGGCGAAAAGAAGCAAAUGUACGAUAAAGCUGGGAAGAUGAAGCAUCGUCCCAAACACGAUUCGUCGCACGGAUCGCAUGGUGAGCAGAAUACGGGACUUGGCUCGAACGUGAAGAACAUGGUGAUUGUGGUCAUAUUGAUGCUGCUGAUGAUGUUUGCCGUCCAUUGUACCUGGGUUACGUCGAAUGCGUACAGCAGUCCCUCGAUUGUGCUGGCGUUCUACAACAGCAAUGACGGUACCCGCAAUAUUCUGGACGAUUUCCGUGAGGCAUACUACUGGCUGUGGCAAAAUACGGCACCCGAUGCGCGCGUCAUGUCUUGGUGGGAUUACGGGUAUCAGAUAGCAGGUAUGGCCAAUCGGACGACACUGGUGGACAAUAAUACGUGGAACAACAGCCACAUCGCGCUGGUCGGUAAAGCGAUGUCUUCGCCGGAGGAUAAGGCGUAUGAAAUCAUGACCUCGCUCGACGUCGACUACGUGUUGGUGAUCUUCGGGGGCGUGAUCGGUUACUCCGGGGACGACAUCAACAAGUUCCUCUGGAUGGUGCGCAUCGCCGAGGGUGAGCAUCCGAAGGAUAUCCGCGAGAGCGAUUACUUUACCGACCGGGGCGAGUUCCGUAUCGAUUCGGAGGGUGCGCCGGCCUUGCUGAACUGCUUGAUGUACAAGCUGAGCUAUUACAAGUUUGGUGAGCUGAAGUUGGACUUCAGAGGACCAGCUGGGUACGAUCGCACGCGUAAUGCCGUAAUCGGAAACAAAGAUUUCGAUCUGACCUACCUAGAGGAGGCGUACACGAGCGAGCACUGGCUGGUGCGCAUCUAUCGCGUGAAGAAACCGCACGAAUUCAACCGGCCAGCUCUUAAGCCGGAAGAGCGCGUACUGCCGGCCGGCGAGUUCGUCUCACGCAAGACGUCCAAGCGAAGGAAGGGCUUGAUCAAAAACCGUCCCGUGGUGGUUAAGGGCAAGAGGAACAAGUGAGCGACACUUUGGUAGACGCCCGUACCAUUCCCUCCUUCCUUGAAAGGGCGUGCAGAACCAGGAAGGAGAUUCGUUUAUCCUCUCCCUCUCUCUCUCUCAUUUGCACUGAACCAUCCACCUCCCCGUGAGGAGAAGAAGUCAAGAGAAACCAAUCCGAUACAGUGGAUGCUCAUGUCGUUUAUUUUAGUUCAUCUUAAGUGCAUUUGCUACUUCCCGUUGGGAGCUACUGGACAGGAAUGAAGCAGAAGCAGAAAACAAAGUGUGUCAAAGUAUAGAACAGAGAACAGGGUAACAUGUUACGACCAAAACGAUACAAUACAGAUUAAUGACUUGUUUGCACCGCAUUUAUUAAUGAAGGGUUACGAAAAAGAAAAGCGACGGUAGUGCAGUUGCAUCCCAGAGUGGAGAAGUGGAUCAACACAAACGUUUUGAUUUCGAUUGGCGACCACAAUAAUGUAUGAUGAUCACUGGGCGUUCGGAGCUGAUUCUCCGCCGUUUCGGAGCGUUGUUUUUUGCACUGAUUAUUUGUAGACUUAUUCCAUAUAUAUAAAAAAAUUGAACACAAAAUGA